UGUCACUGCUGGCACCCAGACAGCUGCAAGCUCGUGGCAAUGCAUCUUUCGAACGAGAGGGAGGGAGAACUGCAGCAGCAGUCGUCUAGGCACUCAGCAAACUAUCGCAGUUGUCUGGGUGACAGCUACCUCGGCUCGACAGUUUAUGAGCGAGUAAAGAAUGAGAAGAGAGGAUUCUCUUACCGACUGGACAGCGCAGGAGACUCACCCUAAAAAAACGUUGACAUGAAGAAGGAUAUUGAGACGCUGAUAGCAGAGGAACGGGCUGACAUCAUCUCCAAGUAUGACAAGGGCAGGCAGGAGGGUGUCCACAUCGACCCCUGGGAGGAUACUGACUACAGCAUCUAUAAGGUCACAGACCGCCACGGCUUCCUGCACGAAGAGGAGCUGCCCACUCCGAGUGCAAUUGAAGAGAAGCAAAAGCAUCACGAGAUAGAGCGGGUGGAGAAAUGGCUGAAGAUGGUCAAGAAGUGGGACAAGUACAGGAACAGCGACAAGAUGGUGAAGCGUGUGUACAAGGGAAUCCCCCUCCAGUUGAGAGGCCAGGCCUGGGCUCUGCUACUGGACAUAGAGAAGGUGAAGCAGGAGAACUCUGGAAAGUAUGAGACUAUGAAGGAGCAGGCCAGGAGUUUCUCUACAGAGAUCAAACAGAUUGAUCUGGAUGUCAACAGAACCUUCCGGAACAACAUCAUGUUCAUGGAACGCUUUGGAGUCAAGCAGCAGGCCCUGUUCCAUGUGCUAGCGGCCUACUCCGUAUACAAUACGGAGGUGAGCUACUGCCAGGGGAUGAGUCAGAUCGCCGCCAUCCUGCUCAUGUACCUGAACGAGGAGGACGCCUUCUGGGCCUUGUCCCAGCUCCUCACAAACAACAACCACACCAUGCAUGGAUUCUUCAUCCCUGGGUUCCCCAAGCUGCAGCGCUACCAGGCCCACCACGAGCAGAUCCUCUCCAAGCUCCUCCCCAAGCUAAAGAAACACCUGGACAGAGAGCAGAUGUCCAACGGAAUAUACACCACUAAAUGGUUCCUGCAGUGCUUCAUAGAUAGGACCCCGUUCACCCUGACCCUGCGCUUGUGGGACAUCUACAUCCUAGAGGGAGAGAGGAUACUCACAGCCAUGGCCUACACCACCCUCAAAAUACACAAGAAGCGCUUGCUGAAGCUUCCUCUGGAGGACCUGAGGGAGUUCCUCCAGGAGCACCUGUCCAGCUCAUUCUUCCUACCCGACGACGUGGUGGUGGAGCAGCUGCAGGCGUCCAUGGCCGAGCUCCGUAAGAUGAAGCUGGACCUCCCACCAUCAGCCAAGUCAGAGGAGCUGCCUAAGAAGCCCCUCGGUGAGGAGCGGCCUGUUCUCCUGAUGCCCUUCCAGCGUGAUCUAGCCCUCCCUCUGGACCAGCCCAAGACCAGUCUCCAGCCCCCGCUCCAGCUCCAGCCCCACAUAGAGGCCCACCGGCCGGACACCAUCACCCUUGACCGCUCCUUCUGUCCCGGGGACACCCAGGACACCAGCAGCAUCCCUGGGGCCCACGACCCCCUGCGCCCCAUGUCCUCUCAGGAACCGGUGGUAGUCCACAAUCAGGCUCUGAUGCCAGAAGGGCCCAAAAUGUGUCCAGUCACCCCACCCAAGCCUCCGCCGAAGCCACAUAAGGUUGGUUCCACUCCAGGGGUGCGGGGUGUCAGGGAUAGGGUGGAGGAGUGUCCGAGUGACCAUGUCUCAGAGGUGGAGAAAGGAGGAGAAAGGAGUCUGUCUGAGGGUAGGGGUGGUAGAGUGGGGAUUGAGGCCCGAUCUGCAGGUCCAGAGACCCAGGAAGAGCCCGGUUACUGGCCUCCGCCCUACGAGCCCCCUGUUGGGGAUGUUUCCAUCACACAGUCUGGAUCAGGGUCUAAGACACUGGAGUUCCCGGAUCUACCCCCUCCACCCUUUUACUCUAUGGAAGAGAGCGCCCACACACCCCUGGGCCCCGAACCUCUAUGCUUGCGAGACGGGACCAAGGUAGGGCUGAAGUCGGACUCUGUGCCCCCCUGCUCGGCUCUUUCACUAGGGGUAGAACCCCUACCGAAGCCUAAGAGUCCACGUCCACCUCCACCCACGUCCCUGGACCUCAUCCUGGAGGAAUCCCCGUCCUCGCGGCCCUCUUUUUCCCUCGCCUUUGCCAAGCCGCCCCCCCGAAUCGCCUUCAAGCCCACUAUGUUCCCCGUGUCACUCUGCGUGCCCCAGACGGCAGGGGACCGCCGGCCCUCAAACACCUCCCAGUACGACAACCUCUCGGAGGCUGACAUCGAGGACUGCUUCAUGGACCGGCUGCUGGAGGUGGCCACUACCCUGCCGCAGAGCCCCUUGCCAGGCACCAGCCCUCAGGAAACACUGGGGAUGUUCGGCCUACCACCACCGCCGCGCAUACCUGAGCUAGAUGAUGACCCCUCAUCCUCCUCUCUUUUCCAUCCCCUACCGCCGCCUCCUCCGGUGUUCCUCCUUUCCCUGCCCGACACCUCCUCUCCCACCCUCCUCUCUGCCUCUCCCUCCCCCUCUCCUCUUCCUACCACCUUCUCAGCCCUUCCCUCUUUUCCACAGGAGCCGGACUAUGAAGGACAGGAGGAGAGCUGGGUGGUAGACUCCAUCAUCAUCCCUCCGCCGCCGCCCUGCUUCGCCGAUAGACUGGCUCCUUUCCAGUGUAGCCCUCCUCCUAACCACCACACUGGGCUCCACAGCCUAAUGGACACACACAGAGCCACCACUGCCAACCAGAGCCAAAGCUCAAACCAGAACCAGGUCUCCUCCCAGUUAGAAAAACUGCCCACGGCCCACAGGCCCCUCCCUGCCCUGCCUGCCUUCACGGCCCAGAUGCUGCUUCCGGGGCCCUCAUCUGGACAGUCGGCAGGAGAGGUCACCUCAGUACGAUCCAACCCAGACUUUUAUAGAAUGCAUGCUGGAAGCCACCAGCUGCCCAAAUCGGUCACCUUUUAGGGUUUCUAGAGUUUGAAAGGUAAAGAAUUUGAGACACGUGGCUGUGUGGGAACGAGACAAUGGACUGAAGAGACUGCUGCAAUUACCUACUGUGCUCAUCUAACAUACAAAGCCAUUUUGUAGGAGGGAGAGGGAAAAGCCCUUAGUGUGGUCAGUUGCUGUUUUUGGAGAGAGCAAAUCACUUUUUUUAUAGUUAUGUAUCGAUAUUUUGUGGUGUUUGCACCUUUUUUAUUAAGGGCAGCAAGUAGUUUUCUAAAUGUUCACCUAAAUUUUAAACCGUAGUCUUGCCUCACAUUUUAAGGUGUGUGUGCAUGUGUCUGGCAAUAUGACCAGUUGGUCUUUUCAUCAUGUAGGAAUCUGUUUCUUUCAGUUCCUUUUUCCUGUAACAGCAGUGUCUUAAGCAUUGAGCAGUUUAACAUCCAAUGAAAACAGGAAUUUCUGUUCAAGAACUUAACUCAAAGGGCUUUCCAAGUUGGCAUACAGUCAUUGUGAAGCACCAAAGGCCUAUAUCCCAUACCAGUACUUAAUUUAUUUGAGCAGGCUCACAGAACUCAAUAAAAUAUAGUUAGACCAAAAGGUUAUUGAACUUAUUUGAAUUUGCUUAUACACUGCUUAAAAACAUUAUUUGUAAACUAUUUAAAUAACAUUUAUACAGCCUGUUAUUCGUGAUUUUGUAAUGAUGAAGAGUUGGCAGUUUAUACUUAAACGUAUGUUACAUACUGAACGUGGGGAAAUUACAUAUGAUGAUUUACAUGCCAUUUGUUCAUGGUUACCAAUCUAUUUAAAGAUUUUGUAUAAGCAAAAUGUUUAAGCAGACCUUCAAAUUAGGUGCUCUCACUAUUUAACUCUCUCUCGUUGAUAGAACCAUGGUGCAAUAGUCACUACUGUAUAUACUGACGCAUGUUUCAUUGAGCAUUAAGGACUUAUAGUCGAGUCCUUUUUCUUUUAUGUUAGAAGCAGUACUGUGUUGGUUUGGAUUUUGCUGGUUUUCUUUGUUUCAUCUUGUGGAUAUCGUUUCCAUUUUCGAAAGGCAUUUUAUUGUGUUACUAUUAUUCCAGUUUGUUUUGAUACCUUUCUGUGACAUCACAGCAAUAACGUACUGUACAUAUUUUAUGGAGAAGGGUUAUGCACAGUACCAGUCAAAAGUUAGGACGCACCAACUCAUUCAAGGGUUCUUCUUUAUUUUUACUAUUUUCUACAUUGUAGAAUAAUAGUGAAGACAUCAAAUCUAUGAAAUAACACAUGGUAUCAUUUAGUAACCAAAAAAAAGUGUUAAACAAAUCAUUUAGAUUCUUAAGAGUAGCCACCCUUUGCCUUGAUGACAGCUUUGCAUACUCUGCACAUUUCCCACUUUCAUGGGAAAUGCUUUUCCAACAGUCUUGAAGGAUUUCCCACAUAUGCUUAGCACUAGUUGGCUGCUUUUCUUUCACUCUGCGGUCCAACCCAUCUCAAUUGGGUUGAGGUCGGGUGAUUGUGGAGGCCAGGUCAUCUGAUGCAGCACUCCAUCACUCUCCUUCUUGGUCAAAUAGCCCUUAGGUGUAGGUGUGUUUUGUAGGUGUGUUUUGGGUCAUUGUCCUGUUGAAAAUCAAAUGAUAGUCCCACUAAGCGCAAACCAGAUGGGAUGGCGUAUCGCUGCAGAAUGCUGUGGUAGCCAUGCUGGUUAAGAGUGCCUUGAAUUCUAAAUAAAUCCGUGUCACCACCACACCACCUCCUUCAUGCUGCAAGGUGGGAACCACACAUGCAGUCCAAAAAUCUCAAAUUUGGACUCAUCAGACCAAAGGACAGAUUUCCACCGGUCUAAUGUCCAUUGCUCGUGUUUCUUGGCCCAAGCAAGUCUCUUCUUCUUAUUGGUGUCCUUUAGUAGUGUUUCCUGUGCAGCAAUUCAACCAUGAAGCCCUGAUUCACACAGUCUCCAAGAAACUGUUCAGAGAACGCUGAAGCAUUUAUUUGGGCUGCAAUUUCUGAGGCUGGUAACUAAUGAACGUAUCCUCUGCAGCAGAGGUAACUCUGGGUCUUCCUUUCCUGUGGCAGAAAGGAAGACCCAGAGUUACCAAAAACCCAGAGCCCCACAACCCUUGAAUGAGUAGGUGUGUCCAAACUUUUGACUGGUACUAUAUUUACAAAGAAGACCAGAAGUGUUGUGGGUGAAGCAGAGCCAUGUUCAGUAGGCAAACGGUUCAGAAUGUUGCAGAUAGGAAUGUCUUGAAUACAGCUGACGUGAUUAGUUAUUCUACAUGACAGAGGCAUAUUUGCUCUACAUAACACAUUGCUACCUGAACAUUGUGUGAUGUUGUAUCCUGCUGAAUGUGCAACAUGUUUACUUCAUAAACAAACCAUUUAACACAAAAACAAAUGGGAACACAAGAUGGUGUUAUUAGGGAAUCCAAUAAUUCUUUAGCCUACCCAAUAUCAUUUAUGAAAGACUGGUUUCACCUAUUGGAGAAAUAGAAACCUUAAAGGCCCAGAGCAGUCAACUUGAUUGACCUGUGUUCCUUAUAUACAUUUCCACACUAUGAGGUUGGAGUAAUACUCUGAAAUUGGGAAAAUUAAUUUUUUUUAAAAUGCCCUUUUCGUGUGUAUGCUGUUUGAAAAGGCCGCCUGAAAUUUCAGCCUGUUUUUGGUGGAAUGGAGUUUUAGCCAAACCAGUUUUCCCCUCCCUAAAUCAGAUCACUCCCACACAGUCCUAACAAAAUUGCACUUUGCUAAGAAGCUAUUUUUGUUUCUUUUAUACCAUUUUAGUUUUUGAAAAACUAUCUCAGUAAGUUACUUAAUUGUUACCCAGAAAUAUGAUAUUGAGAUUUAAAUAAUCCCUGCAUUGGACCUUUAACAGUGUUGACAUGCAUUUGUUGUGGGAUCAACAAUCAAAAAAAACUAUGGAACAAUCAACAAUGGAACAAAAAUAUUGUUUGGAGGUUGUUUUGACCAUUUUUAAACCCAAGAGAAAGGGUGCAAGUGCGUACUUCAGGAGAAGUGUCGAGAAUCAGGACACAACCGUAGUUGAAGAGCCACAGCCCGUCUAGAAGUGAGGUCAGUGUUGAUUGGUUGACAAAAGAAACCAGCAUUCAGAAGAGAGGUAUUCUUGGAGGAAUGGAAGUUUGAGCCAUAACAUAACAAGGAAAUAUGGGAUCCAUCCCAAAUGGCACCCUAUUCUUUGUAUAGUUUACUACUUUUGACAAAAUUAUGUAGGGAAUUAGGAUGCCAUGUGGGACGCAGUCCUAGUCUACAUUUUAUCUGUUGUUUACUGAUUUUAUUAAAUUAUUUGAGUGUUAUGGACAUCUGUUUGAAGUUUUUGUGCUUGCACUUCUACUUGUAUUUUCUCCAGUCUGUUUGGAGUGUGUUUUGUCCUUGGUUACUGUGCAUUCUUUUGAAAGGCCUGUACAAUGUUCUGAAAAGAGCUACGUCAUUCGGCUUGUUCACAGGGGUUGGUUUGAACUAACACAUCUUUUUCAUCAUAAGGAUCUGUUGGUGUCCAGUUUUGAAGUAUAGCUUAUCAAUAUCUUAAUCUGGGCAGUGCCUUGAGCUCAGACCAACCUCGUGAACAAGAACAUACUUUGACAAAUGUUGUAUAAAAAAAGAAAAAUGUUUGCGUUUUCUUUCCUCCCACAGAACAGACCAGUUAGAGUAAAAUGGUAUAUUUUAUCCACAAUUAACCUUUUAACCCUAUUCUCAACAGGCUGGUAGAGGAUAUUUUGACAGUGAAUUUAGAACUGGGUAUGGAAAAACAAAUCUCAACUUGAACUUGAUUGGUCAACUCUCCAGGUUGGAUGGAGAGUAUCACUGCACAGCUAUUUUCAGGUCUCUCCAGAGAUGUUCGAGCAGGUUCAAGUCCUCUAGCUGGGUUACUCAAGGACAUUCAGAGACUUGUCCCGAAGCCACCCCUGCAUUGUCUUGGCUGUGUGCUUAGGGUCGUUGUCCUGUUGGAAGGUGAACCUUCGCCCCAGGCUGAGGUCCUGAGCACUCUGGAGCAGGUUUUCAUCAAAGAUCUCUCUGUACUUUGCUCCGUUCAUCUUUCCCUCGAUCCUGACUGUUCUCCCAGUCCCUGCCGCUGAAAAACAUCCCCCCACAGCAUGAUGUUGCUAUCACCAUGCUUCACCGUAGGGAUGGUGCCAGGUUUCCUCCAAACGUGACACUUGGCAUUCAGGCCAAAGAGUUCAAUCUUGGUUUCAUCAGACCAGAGAAUCUUCUUUCUCAUGGUCUGAGAGUCUUCAGGUGCCUUUUGGCAAACUCCAAGCGGGCUUUCAUGUGCCUUUUACUGAGGAGUGGCUUCCAUCUGGCCACUCUACCAUAAAGGCCUGAUCGGUGGAGUGCUGCAGGAAUGGUUUUCCUUCUGGAAGGUUUUCCCAUAUCCACAGAGGAACUGGAGUUCUGUCAGAGUGACCAUCGGGUUGUCAGAGUGACUACCGAGGCCCUUCUCCCCCGAUGCUCAGACUCUAGGAAGAGUCUUGGUGGUUCCAAACUUCUAUGGUAGAAAGGUAUGGUAGAAAAAUGACAAGAUUGUUGUAAUACUGUUUAUGCAUCGAAUAGCUUUGAGGUCUCUCAUCUGUGUCUGUGGGACUGAGUUGGGCCUCUGAGGCUUGGCGCUAGUAAUUGAUUUAUGAUGGCUUGGUGAUAGAACCUAAAGCCUGCAUUCUGUUGAAUAACUAGUAUCUGUGUGUUAAGGGGUGCGAAACUGACAAGAUAACCCUGUAAAACAAGCAGUAAAUGACCUAGAGACCGAAACCUGGCGCAAUGUAAAUCUUGCUGUAUGUUGCUUGAUAGCGCAAUGUACCUUUUGUAUAAUUCAAUUCAUCUGUUUGUCAUGAACAUUCAAGAGGAUGUACUUUGUUGUAAAAUGCUGUGGUUCAAAUCUGCUCGUUGAGCUCUCGGCAUCAUACUUUAGAGUGUGGGAUAGACCAGCUUCACUAUUACAAUAAUUCAUCGAUAUUAAAGAAUGAUUGUUUGAAGAAA